GCGUGGAACGUCGUGUCACUCGUGUCGAGGGAUGACAAUCGGAAAGAUGCAGUGACAAUUAUACGUCCCGACGUGUAUCGCGAGGAGAUUCGGCCUAUCGACGUCCGGCCGGCGGUCGGGUAUGGAUACGCGCUCGUGUGUCACGUAUCGGCGACGUGACGAACGGCCGGCUCGUCUAACCUGAAAACGUAAAUUUGCACAUGCGAUAGAUCGACAGCGGGGCGCGCGGUAUGCUAGAAACGCAGGCCCAGGAUGGACGACACGUACGAGCUGAACCUGAGGAAUCUGGCCGGCUGGGUCGCGUCCGGGGCGAUGAUCUUCGGCGCGGUUGUGCCCUACGUACCCCAGUACAAGGAGAUCAAGAGGAAGGAGGACGCCGAAGGGUUCUCCCUCUACGUCUGCCUCACCCUCCUGAUCGCCAACACGCUCCGUAUACUGUUCUGGUUUGGCAAACACUAUGAGCUUCCUCUUUUAUUACAAAGUAUACUUAUGAUCAUGGCGAUGUUCGUUAUGAUUAAGCUUUGCAUUAAUGUACAAAACAGAACGCAGAUAAUCAAAACGAAAGAGCGUGUACUUACAGAAUUUUUAUAUUUUGCAGAUUUGGAUGCUAGAUUCUUUUGGAAGUGGACAGACUUCAAGUCCUAUUUGGGUUUCAUGAUUCUGUUCGCCAGCGCAGGUGGUGUGAUAACAUAUUUAUUUCUAGACGUACCGGUUUUUAUUGAAAUUGUUGGAUUCUUAGCGGUAUUGAUAGAAGCUAUGCUAGGAGUCCCGCAAUUCCUCCGCAAUUCGACGAACAAGUCGACUGUAGGAAUGAGCAUAGCCAUGGUGCUGAUGUGGACCGUGGGCGACGUAUUCAAAACGUGCUACUUCGUUUUGAGGGAUACCCCAGUGCAGUUUCAGGUGUGCGGUGCCGUGCAAGUCACGAUCGACAUUGCCAUUUUAGCCCAAGUGUACCUCUACAAGACUAAUAAUAAUGUACAUACAAGAGCCCCAACGAGAUCGGAUUGAAGAAUCAUUUCUGGCGUGCCCAACUGAGAUAUCCACCGAAAGCAAAACUUCCCGAACAACUAUAUUUCGCCUAGGUCUAAAUAUACAGAUUUUUAACGUUUUAAUGGUGAUUUUUUUAAUGGUGAUCAAAUGGAAUAAGAAAGAAGCUAUAUUUUUAUACUGAUCAUUGCAUCGCAAAAGGACACGUUUGUAUGUAUUUAGGUUUCCUAAUAUUUACCAAACAAAGUGCAGUUAGUAUUUUGAUAUACGAAUGAACGAUUUUAGCGUCUAUCCAUAUUUAAUAUAUAAAAAUGCAAUAUAUGUGUUAUUCUUUUAUAAAAUUCAUAUCACAUUCAUUACAUUAUUCGACGCGCAAUCUAUGCCAAAUGUAAUCAUUUGUUCCUCAUUUUACGUUUAAAUAUAAUAUUUAUAUCUUAUUGAA